UGAAGUUGUGUAAAGAGUUUUCUAAAUGAAAUCAAAAGGUUCAAACCAAGUCUCGUAAAAUACAUAUCUUGCUGCGAAAUCGGGCACGCUGAACUUUUACCGAUCGAUAGAUGUUUAUAGAUGUAAUAAGUUCAAGCAGUAAAAUUGCCAUAGCUACCUGAUCCCAAACAUUCCACCUGUUUCUCCGCAAUACGGCAUUAACUAGCAAUCUGUUACGACCUAAACAACAAGUGUUUCUUUGAAAAGCGUUUAUAUUCUAAUAAAAUGAGCAGGAACUCGCGUUACUAUACAGCACCAGUGCCGAAAAUGCCACCAGGUCUAAUCGAGCUUAUGGAUGGUCUAGCUAGGGAUGUGCUAAAAAACAAUCCGACCGAUAUAUACGAGUUUUGUUCCGAUCAUAUGAAGAAAUUACUCCAGACCAGAGACAGUUUGAAAGUAAAGCACCCAAAAACAUUGGAGCAAAAAAUUGCAACAGCCAAAAAGAUUAUCAACGAAAGAGCCGUAUUACGACGAGAGGCGUAUGACAAAAAUACACAAAUUACAAAAGCUCAGACUGUAGAAAAUAUUAAUAUUAAAAAAGACUGUGUUAAAGAUACUAAUACCGAGAAUGAUAUGAAAAGUAACGUAACAGAUAUACCAGAUCAAUAUAUAAAAAACAAUGUUAUAAAAAUAGAUGACGUUAGUUUAUCUGGUAAUAGAGAGCAUGAAAUUACUGUAAGUAAUGUUGAAUCCAAUAAGCAUAUACCAUUAUCAGAGGAACAUAAAGAUAACUCUGCUGUGGACAUUGCUAACGAUGACGAGAUUAAUGUUUUGAAUAAAGAAGAAAUUUUUGAGACAGUUAAUAUAACUGGACCUGUUUCUGUCGCCGACCAGAAUGUUUCGGAACACAUUGGAUUAAACGUUGAUAGUGCAGAAAAUUUCGAUGUAUCUGUUAAAGCAAUAGAAAACAAUGUCGAUAUUGAAAAAUCAAUUAAUUUAGACGAAGUAAAUGCAUCUACAACAUUUGUAGUUCAAAGUUCAAAUGAUGAAACGGGUAAAAAUAAUACCGAAAUUGUCGAACAAAUAGUCUCAACCGAAGAAAAGAACGACGAUGACAAAAAUAAUGAAUGUAACAAAACGAAUACUGCAGACGAAACUGAGGUUAAAGAAGAUAUUAAUACUCAUGACACUGGUAAAGAUAUAUGUAAAAUAGAUCAAAGCAAUGAAAUCGUAGACGACAAACAAGAUCCAAUAUCUAUAAAUUGCGAAAGUGAGCCUAUUAAUUCUGAAAACCAAGGACUAGGCUAUGAAAUAAAAAAUAAUGAUAUAACAUCGUCUGAUGUUAACAACGACAGUAAAAAUACAACGGAAUCAGUAGAAACUGAAUUAAAUCAUAAGCCAUCAUCAUCAAAAAGUAACGAAAAUAUCGAAGAAAAUAAUAUUAGUGACAAGUCUUUGGAUAGCGCAAAUGAAAUGAAUGUAGAAGCUACAACAGUAAUUGGUGAUAAUACUGAUGAAGAUAAAGAGUUGAAAGAAACGUUUGAUAGAGAAACCAUAUCGGAUCAUAAACAACACUCUUUAAUCAAUGAUGACAAGGAUAAAAAUGACCAAAAACUUGGUAACGCAGUCAAUGACACUACAAUGGAUCUUGAGACAGCGGCGAUAACAAUACAGAAAGUGUUUCGUUCUUUUCUUUUCAGGAAUAAAACAUUAAGUAGCGACGACGCCACUAAUGUGGACAUUAGUUUGUUGAUUGAGGAUAAAGAUCAGAAGAAUGAUGGCGAGAUUUUGUCUGGUAAUUCGAAUAAAGAUCGAAGAACUCUAGGUUUAAGUAGAAUUGACAGUGUUUUACAAACUGUAAACGAAGAGCAGUCUCUCUCUUUGUCGACUGAUGAUUCUUCCACACUAUCAAGCGCCGCCACAAUCAUACAAGCUCAUGUUAGAGGUUUCUUGGUACGAAACAAAUUGAUUGGUAACAAAGCCAACUCAAGUACUUCAGGUUUUGAUUCGGAUGGCCAUUCUACUGCGUCGUUGGAAAUUGAUAAUGAUGGACGAAAAAAUAAAACUGUCCUUAAUAUACAUAUAGUUCCCGAAGGUGGUCAUUUUAUGAGCCGGGAUGAGAGUAUGCUAACUUCUAUCGAUCUGUCGGUGGAUGGCAGCCCGCGGGAUUCCAUUAAUCUGCAUCCUAUGGGCCAUGACACCAAUGAGAGACGUAAACUACUGAAAAGAGAGGAUGCCAUCCAGUCAAUCUCACCGCCGAGUAACAACAGCGGGAAACAGAGCGAAGAAGUUGAUUCAGUGAAAGAAAUAUUCGAACAGAAUACGCAACAGAUAAACCGAAACGACUGUAAUGGCAUUAUAGAUCCGAAUAAAUCAAAUGCAAGUGAAACAAACGAAAAGUUACCUGAAGAAAAAAACGAUGAAAUUGAAAACGUAGAUGCGCAUGCUCCAUCAAAAUUAGGAACAUCAGGGUUUAGUCUUCCAUCGCUGACAUCAGACGAGAUGGAUGUGGUAACACCGUUCACGGCUACCGAUUCCGACGGCGAAUCCAAAAUACUGCAUUCAGGCGAGUUUCAUGACGUGUUACUACCAACUACGGUGUCACGUUCAGACACCUCAGUCGUCCGUGGUGAGUGAAGACAUCUUGUCAGAAUUUCACAAUGUCUUAGUAUAUUUCUUAUUAUGGAACAACGCGUAACUAGGAACAAACUUUAAAAGUAUUUAUGCAUGUAAAAUUUAUAGCUACCACUUCGGUCGUAGAGGACGAUAUUUAAAAAAAUAAUGUUUUAUUACACUAUAAGAUUAAUUUUAUAAUCUCGUCACUUCAAAUUUUUUGAAAUAUUGUAAAAUAAAAUAGAAAAUGAAAA